UCGGGGCUGGGCGCAGGGCCGUGUGGCUGCCUUGUGACUCUCGCGGCUAACCGGAUUAGUCUUGCUGCUGCUUCCUGGCGCUCUCUUGUCAAUUGCUGCCCCUGGAAGCCAGGCUUGGCUUGGCUGGGUUGUUCCCUGCCCCUGUCGUGGGCCAGCUGGGAUUCUGGCUACCGGGUCUUCCACCGGCUGGGUCCUGGUGCGAAGGCGGAUCUGCCCCAGCCAGAGAAAAUCAUCGGCGUCUUCAAGCCCAAGAACGAGGAGCCCUACGGGCAGCUGAACCCCAAGUGGACCAAGUGGCUGCAGAAGCUGUGCUGCCCGUGUUGCUUCGGGAGAGACUGCCUGGUGCUCAACCAGGGCUACCUGUCCGAGGCCGGCGCCAGCCUGGUGGACCAGAAACUGGAGCUCAACAUUGUUCCCCGCACCAAGGUGGUGUAUCUGGCCAGCGAGACUUUCAACUACAGUGCCAUUGACCGAGUGAAGUCCAGAGGGAAAAAGCUGGCCCUGGAGAAGGUGCCAAAAGUGGGGCAACGGUUCAACCGCAUCGGCCUGCCGCCAAAGGUGGGCUCCUUCCAGCUCUUUGUGGAAGGCUACAAGGAUGCAGAUUACUGGCUGCGCCGCUUUGAGGCCGAGCCGCUCCCCGAGAACACCAACCGGCAGCUGCUGCUGCAGUUCGAGAGGCUGGUGGUGCUGGACUACAUCAUCAGGAACACAGAUCGAGGCAACGAUAACUGGCUGAUCAAGUACGACUGCCCCCUGGACAGCAUGAGUGUGCGGGACUCCGAGUGGGUGGUGGUGAAGGAGCCCAUCAUCAAACUGGCUGCCAUAGACAACGGCUUGGCCUUCCCCCUGAAGCACCCCGACUCGUGGAGAGCAUACCCCUUCUACUGGGCAUGGCUGCCCCAGGCCAAAGUCCCCUUCUCACAGGAGAUCAAAGACCUGAUCCUCCCAAAGGUUUCCGACCCCAACUUCGUCAAAGACCUGGAGGAGGAUCUGUACGAACUCUUCAAGAAGGAUCCUGGCUUCGACCGGGGGCAGUUCCACAAGCAGAUCGCUGUCCUGAGGGGCCAGAUCCUGAACCUGACGCAGGCCCUGAAGGAUGGGAAGAGCCCCCUGCACCUGGUGCAGAUGCCGCCGGUGAUCGUGGAGACAGCGCGCUCCCACCAGCGCAGCGCCAGCGAGUCCUACACACAGAGCUUCCAGAGCCGCAAGCCCUUCUUCUCCUGGUGGUAGCUGGGCGCUGGGCCGCCUGGGGCUGGGGUGGCCUGCUGCCGCAGCCCCCGCAGCCAGGACUCUACUCUCCGGGAGAGGGUGGGUGUGUCUGGGGGAACCUCCAGCUGAACUCUGCCCGGGCAGAGCCGUGGAUUCCCCUUGCUGCGGGGCUUGGACGCAGCCUGGCAGAGCCAGCUCCAGCCGCAAACUGCCCCGCUCAAUGCAGCCGCUGAGCGAGUGGAGCCGGGGCCUGCCUCCUGGGGGCGGUUCUGAGCCGUCUGCUUCCUGCUGGGGCUGGGAUCUGCCCGGCAGCCUCGCCUCGCCCACCCCUCAGGAACCCCGGCUGCUCGCUGGCUGCAGGGCCAUAAAGGCAGUCAGUGUCAGCUCGACGCGGCCUUGCUGGGCUGCCCCCCCCUCCCCCAGUGGCUAUUUGGAGCUGGUGUCAAUGGAGAGGAGGCAUGUGCAUGAGUGAGGGGCUGGCGCAGGAGGCCCAAUGUAUGCCCAGGGCUGAGCUGUCAGAGGGCAGCAGGCCUGGGGUUCCCCAACCGUCUGCGCUAUGGAGUGUUUGUAGCUGCCUUUCCUGCAGGGGGGAGAGCUGGGGAGGGAGCCUGCGGAUGCCAGGGAGCUCUGGGCACCCUGGCACAGGAGCGAUGCAUGCUGGGACCUGGCCCCACUUCACAGGAAAGCUGAGGGCCCUGGUGUGGGAGCUGCUUGACCCCCUCCCUCACUGGGCACAGGGUGAUCUGUCCUGGUUUAGCUGGCUUGUCAUUGUUCCACCCUCUCCCCUCUAGGAGGGGCCCAUGUUCCCCUCUGCUCCUGCCCUUGCUGCUGGGCAGGCCCCCCUCCAGGGCCACUCACUCUCUCUGCUCCACAGGCCCUGGGUACACGUGUGGGCAGCCUGGCUUCACUUCUCAAGGGAGCCCUUCCCCGCCAGGGGAGAGCCCAGCCUGUCGGGGGCUGGUGCCUGCUGGGUGAGCUAUGGCUGAUGGGAAGGGGUCCCACUCCCUGCAUCUGUGCGGCUCCUGCGGCCGGGGCGGCUUGCCUCAUGGUCACGGCCUGGGGCAGUUCUAGGCAUCAUACAGCUAGUCCCAGGCUGGGGGCUGGGCUCCUUAGAGGCUCCAUGGGGCCUGCCCCAAGCCCCAUUGCGUGGUCUAGCACAGGGGCUUAGGCUGCGCUGUCCCCCUUGGGGCAGGAGGUUUGUGCAUGUUCCCCUCCAUGAACGGAAGUGGGCAGGGCUGGGCUAUAGGACUCGGGGCCGUGCGCUGGAGCUGGCCAGGGGCUUCAUGGCCUGUGGCUGCUGCUAGCGUGCCGGAGGCCAGAUUCCAUCUUUCUGGCUGCUGGACCCUGACCUGAAAUGUAUCGUUCUCAUGCACUGUAGAAAUGUAUGUAAUGUAUUUAAACCCAUGCACUAGCUGA